CUUCUUCUACUCCAGCUGCUCAGUUGACCACCAGCUUUUGUCGGAGCCUAAAUCAUGGAUUCAGGGGUUACUUAUCCCAAUAUAUCUUCCUUACCUGACGCUAACGUGUACGCCAACCAGCCCAACACUGGACAGGACCUACACAAGAUGCAGCCAGGGAAUGUUUAUAACGCGUCUACGGUGGUGGUUGUACAAGACAACACGCCUGUACGAGAUGACUUCCUUUGGUCCAUCUUCAACACCAUUUAUUUCAACGCAUGCUGCCUGGGAUUCGUGGCUCUCUCAUACUCUGUAAAGUCCCGGGAUCGGAAACUAUUUGGAGAUAAAAUUGGAGCAACGGGUUAUGGGAUCACCGCCCGGAAAUUCAACAUCGCUGCAACAGUUAUAUCAGCCAUUUGUUUCAUUAUAAUAAUAAUUGUUAACUUCACGGCUCGAGGCUAGUCCUAAAACGCGUGGUUGGAGCAGAACUGCGCUCACAGAUUGGCCCAAACCAUUGCUUGAACUGGGACAGAUAUUAUGUCUUUAAAUAUAUAUAAAAAAAACACAUUACAAUAAGAAGAAAAAUCAUCAGGAAUUAACUUUUCGACAGCCACUUUAAAAUUUUUAAAAACGCGUGCCUCGUGCACAUAGUUUAGGAUUAACCCUUUAAUGCUUAUGGCCCUAAAGACCAGUAAAAUUGUUUGCCCCAUGCAUUCAGUUGGGAAUAACUUUUCUCUAUUGUCAAUGUCAUCCAAAGAGAUUUCGUUAUUUGCAGGACGAGCUGUAGAUAGCUCGGGAACCAUGUUUAGGGUUAAAGGGGUUCCCCAUUUUCACCCAGGCAGCCCCCCGCAUAUGAACAUCAGAGCAUUUCAUGCUCGUAUGCUCUCCUUUUACCUGCCUGAUUCAGGCUUUUUAUGGAGAUCCGGUGACUUACCGGGCUCUCCAUAGGGUAAGCUAGGUGGAGGCUUCCGCCUAGCAGUGAGCCCGGUGAUGUCACCGACACUGAUGGGCAGACUUUAGCAUGUAAAACGGCUAGGGCAGCACUAAAGCCCGCCCCUCAGUGCCGGUGACAUCACCGGCAACACUGCUAGGCCGAAGCCUGCACCUAGCAGUGUGAAAAUAUAAACUAACAGACCUUGUCUAGCGCAGGGCAAGAGAGAGCAUUGGAGCAUGAAAUGCUCCAAUGCUCAUAUCAAGGGGGGCUGCCUGGGUGAAAAUCGGGGUACGUUCGGGUUCAGCUCUGAAUCCAGACAACUUCAGCAUUUUGCGUUACUGUUAUGGUUGUUUCUUGUACAUUUCCCCCUCCCCCUACUCUUUUUAUGUACCCCAAUAAUGUAAAAUAUAAUAAAAAUGACUGAAAAGAAAAUUGCUAAAAUAA